AUGGCCCAGUCGAGUAUUGUUGAACAUGAUUACAUUUUUAAAUUAUUGCUGAUCGGCGAUUCUGGAGUGGGCAAAUCGUGUCUUCUUGUGCGUUUCACUGAUGACACUUACUAUGAGAAUUUUAGCAGCACUAUUGGAGUCGAUUUCAAAAUUCGUACAGUCGAUUUGGACGGGCAUCAUAUAAAAUUACAAAUAUGGGAUACCGCAGGUCAAGAGCGCUUCCGUACGAUGACAGUGGCUUAUUAUCGCGGGGCUCAUGGGAUUAUAAUGGUUUAUGAUGUUGCAUCAAAGGAGAGUUUCCGCAAUAUUGAGAGCACUUGGUUGGAGGAGAUCAAACGACAUGCCCGUCCAGAUGUUAUCAAAAUUCUUGUGGGAAACAAGUCUGAUCUGGAAGAACAUCGGCAAAUUACAUAUGAAGAGGGCGCCGAAUUCGCGAAAUUGCAUGGAAUGGAGUUCUUCGAAACCAGUGCCAAAAAUGCCUCGAAUGUGGAGAAAGCCUUCUUUGUCUUGGCGUCCAGAUUGUUGAAAUUAUUCCGCCAACAGCGAUUAUCCCAAAUGCAACUGGAGGGUGAUCAAUCCAACACCAUAGUGAUAGGAAGGACAGAAUCAAUUAAUGCCAAUCAAUAUUCUUCCAGUUCUUGUUGCUAG